AUGUUAGAGUCAUCUAUCGGCUCCUUUGAAAAUUUAGUAGUACCAGCACGUUCAGAUUUCGAACAUCCACUGAUGCGGUGUCGGUCCUACAACGUUUCCGUAAGUGGCGCAGAACAUUCGACUGUAACAACACAAAAGCGGCUCUGCACAACAAAUGGUCCGCUGCUCGCAUGGCUGAUCGCUCAUUUGUUUAUCAAUCUUGGAGCCUUGAUAGCUAUUCAAACAUCCAGAUACCGUGCCAUCAUACCGUACAUCACCGCCGGUGUUGUGGAUCUUCUCGUCGCCUCUGCGUACCUUGUUGUGCUUCUCGUUCAGUUGAUCCGUGGGGAACAGGUCGACCCGGUUCUGGUGGUGUUCAUCGUUGUCGUUGUGGUCUUCAAAUCCUACAGCGUCUACUGCGCACGUCGGCUGUACUGGAUCCUUCAGUCGGUGUUCGAUCGUCGUUAUACAACUCGUACAAUGAUCGUCAAAGACGACUCCGUCUUUCAGUUCUGA